AUGGUGGCACAAUCAAGUCAGAUCAGAGUUAUCAAGCGAUGGUGGCGUCUACUGAUAAUCUUACUCGCACCGAUGGUACUAUUACCACUUCCACUCAUUAUCAAAACAAUUCAAAUUCGAUGCGCUUAUGUAGUAUUACUUUUAUCAAUUUACUGGGUAUCUGAAGCAAUGCCCUAUGCAGUGACUUCCUUGCUUCCAUUAUGUUUCUUCCCAAUGGCAGGUAUUUUACCCAGCGAUCGUGUCGGUACAAACUAUUUCAAAGAUAUCACAAUAUUAUUUGUCGGAAGUAUGAUGUUAGCUCAAGCAAUUGAACACGUGGGUUUACAUCGAAGAUUAGCAUUAUUUCUUCUUAGUGUUAUUAGUUCAUCUAUCAAAUGGAUUAUGGCUGGUUUGAUGGGAGUAACUGCCUUUAUAAGUAUGUGGAUCAAUAAUUCAGCUGCAACGAGCAUUAUGAUACCAGCAGCGAUUGCUAUCGUCGAGGAACUUCAAAAGCAUCAUAGUACAGCUCAACAACAAGUUACCAAUCAAAACGAUGAAAUAGUAGACACAAAACCCGAGAAUAUUUCACCCAUAGAAGUGACCGUUGCCUUUGAUGAUUCGUGCUAUAUGAAUGCAGAAAAGUCGGAGCAUUUGGAUACUGAAGGAACCAUUACCAUUGAUAUGAAUAAUCAAGUAGUUGUCGACAACACACAAAAACGUUAUCAGCAGCUCAAAACUGGUUUUCUCAUUGCUGUAGCAUAUAGCGCAGCUAUUGGUGGUCUCGCAACACUAGUUGGAACUGGUCCGAACAUUUUUAUCAAAGGAUUUACUGACGAAUUUUACAGUAAAGGUCAACACGCAUUCGAAAUAACUUUUACCAAUUUCCUUCUAUUUGCUCUACCCACUGGUAUCAUCAUGCUUUUAUGUUGUUGGUUAUGGUUGCAAUUAUUAUACAAUCGUCAAGAAUUGCUCUUUUGGUUGAAAAAAGAUCGAAAAGCUAUCGAAUCUCAACAUCAUUUGCGAUCUGUACUUAAAAAACAGUAUGAAGAGCUGGGUAGUUUUAAUUGGCGUGAAUACAUAAUAACUAUUUUAUUCGUUUCAAUGGUGGCAUUAUGGGUAACAAGAGAUUUUUCAAGUUACUCUGGAUGGAAGGUCAUCUUUCGAAAAGAUUAUGUUACAGAUGGAACAAUUGCAUUGCUAAUUGGUACACUACCUCUGAUUUUACCAGACAAAAAUCCAUUUCACAAAGAUUGGCAAUACCAUCCGAUACUUCGAUGGGAACAAAUUUGUAAAACAUUUCCAUGGGGUGUAUUUAUGCUACAGGGCGCUGGUUUAGCCAUUGCGGAUGGUUUUAAAGCAUCAGAUUUGUCGUCAAUGUUAGCAUCAUUUCUUCAGUUUGUUGUCGGAGCAUCUGAUAUAACUGUGAUCUUUGUGACAAUUUUAAUAAGUGCAAUAUUUACCGAAUUUACAAGUAAUCUCACAUGUGCAAGUAUUUUAUUUCCGAUACUUGAUAGUGUCGCAAAUACAGCGAAGAUUCAUGCAGCACGUCUUAUUUUGCCAUCUUGCAUGGCGGUUUCUCUUUCUUUUAUGUUGCCAAUCGCUACUCCACCUAAUGCAAUGAUAUUUUCAAGUGGUAACGUAAGAAUGAUCGAUUUAAUUAAAGUUGGAUUCGGUAUGAAAGUAAUUGGUAUCAUGAUAAUUCUCUUUUCGUCGACGAUUUUAUUAUCUCCUAUUUUUCACAUUCAAUCGUUGAUAUCAAAUCUAAACGAAACAUCCUUAUUCAAUGACACAACUCGUCAAUGA